AGCCCUCAGGAUGGAGGCUCGACCUGCCCAUGCCUGGAGGCAUUCCUGCCUCCGGAGUGCGCGGCCCCACCUCCAGCACGCAGGCCCUCGACCCUGCGGGCCCUCCCCCGCGCUGCUCCGCAGAGGCACACGCCUUGCCCGGCUGCUGCCGCGCGGUGGGCGCGCGCGGGCCGAGACGCCCCAUGGUGUUGGUGGAGGAGCUCGAGGACGACCCGCCGCCGGCGCCGCCCGCCCCGCCCCGAGCGCCCCCCGCGGCAGUGGCGCCCGCCGCGCCGCAGCGGGCCGCGGAGCCGCCCUCGCCGCCCGGCGCCUCCGUCGAGCCCUCGCCCUCGAGCCCGUCCAGAUGGGGUGCCGCGUUCGAGGCGGUGCUUUCCCAGAUUCUGCUGGAGUACGAGGGCCAGGACAAGGUCGUGCGCGACGGCAUGGAGUCAGGCAUGCGGAAACUCUUCGAUAACCCGUACUGCUUGGAGCUCGGGACGUUGCUCGGGGGCAGCCCGCUGGUUUUGGAGGAUCCAGGGACGCCCAGCGUAUCGUGUUCUUCCCUCGCCUGUCGGAUGUUCGAACUUAUGUCGCCGCCUUCCUCAGGCCCGAGGAGAGAGCGGCUGAUGAAGUUCAAGCUCAUGUCGGUGUUCUACACGCUGCACAGACGGGACGGCGCAAUAGUGGACCGCUUCAUGCAUUGGCUCGACUCCCUGGUGGCCCUGCUCGCCGAGGACCACAACGUGAUCCAGUCGCAGGCCACGGAGCUCCUGAUGGAGAUGCUGUCGCCGCUGAUGCAGCUGCCGCACGCGGGCUCCCUGCGCCAGAAGCACCUGCACCAUCAGGUGUACUGCUGCCUGCGCUCCCAGGCCUUCUGGCGGAGCUUCGCGGCGAUCGUGGCGGAGCCUCGCGAGGUCUUCCCCAACAGCCACGCCAACUGCGUGCGCAUACUUGCCGGCGCCCUGGGCUGGCUCAGGCCAGAGGACGGAUGCCUGCCGGACAUGGCGGCCCCCCCCGACAUGCGCGAGGCCGUGAGAGCUCUGCAGCAGUACCUCGGCAGCGGCCCCGCAAUGAAGCCCGACACGAGGGGCGUCGCCGAAGACCUCCUGCAGGAGCUCUCCGGCACGCCUCUCUUCCGCGCGGACCCGCUUCCGGAGGGCCCCGAGCUGAAGGCCGCGCGCGGCGAGCUCUUCGGGGCGAGCGCGGAGGGCCGCGAGGACUCCGCGCACGCGUGGCAGGCGCUGAAGCUCUUGGGCGGCGCGGCGUUCCGGGGCGGCAAGCUGUGGCCGGCCGAGGCGGCCUACCGCCUGGCGCUGCAGGAGGGCGGCGCGGCCGUGCCGGCCGCGGAGGCGUCGCUGAUCGAGUCCAACCGCGCGCUGGUGCUGCUGAAGGCCGGCCACGCCGAGGAGGCCGCGGCGGCCGCGGCCAGCGCCCUCGAGCACGACCCCUCCAACGCCAAGGCCGCGUUCCGGCGCGCCCAGGCGCUGCUGCAGCUGCUCGGCGCCGACCCGGCGGGCGGCCCGGAGGCCGCGGCCACCAUCGGAGCCGCCCUGGACGCGGCGGAGCUCGCCGCGGACCUGGAGCCGAAGGACGCCAAGGUCUCCGAGGUCCUGGCGAAGGCCCGGGCGCUCGCCGAGAGGCUGCCGGCGCGGGCGGCUGCGGCGGGGGGCCCACCGGGGCCGGCCGCCCCGGCGCCGGGGGGGCUGGACGACAUGGACUGAGGCGCGCACGCCGCCGGGAAGGGAGCGGGUGUGCCCGGAGGUGCUGCGAGGCGAUAUCGGGCCGCCAGGGCCCUCCGCGGGCCCCGGGGGCGGUGCGAAGGCGGCCGAGGAGGAAGGUGGGGCGCGGACCUGGGCACCCGCCGCCGCCACGAGAGGUCGGCCCGGCGCGGCACGGGCGCAAGCAGGUGUGAGAGAGGGGGGACCGUCGCAGGCGUCCGCACGCGGCGCUGUUCGCAGGCGGAGUGCCGCCGGCUCGCGCAGAGGCCG